CGAGUGCAACACAUCGCAUCGGCAACAUUCGCUGCAAAAACUGCCCUGCGAUCGCUCGACCUCAGCGACAAUCGCCUGUCGCAGCUUUCCGAAGAAUCGCUGCUGGCCGAUGGGGUGCACAGCAUCGAUGUCGUCUUGAGAGGAAAUCCACUCAGGUGCAGCUGCGAACUGCAUUGGAUUAGAAAACCGGACAUUAUCAAGAGGAAAGUGAAUAUCGUGAGCUUAGCAGAAACUCUAUGCACACAUCCAGUCACUGGAAAGGUGUUGGCGCUGGACAAAGUGGAUUCGAAGGACCUGCUCUGUGAAUACUCUCAGGUUUGCGAGCCUGAUUGCGUGUGUUGCCAAUUUGGUAACUGUGACUGCAAAGCUGUUUGUCCAUCUGGUUGUUCAUGCUUUCGAGAUGCUUUAUUCGAAACCAAUGUUGUACGCUGUGAAAAUCUUACGGAAACCAAUAUGAAGGCCUUCACACCUUCAGCGGUUCCCAUAUCUGCCACACAUGUUUACUUAUCUGGGUUGUCCAUACCAAUUUUGCGAAGUCACUCGUUUCUUGGUCGACCACGGCUCGAACAUCUCCACAUCAACGCUUCCGGACUUCGUGGAAUCCAACCAAAAGCAUUUAACACCUUGCCGAAACUGAAGUUACUCGACCUGUCUGAUAAUGCACUUGUACGGCUUUCCGGAGAAGAAUUCCAUAAAACAUCCGCAGUUUCACAUCUUUUCCUCAAUGGAAAUCGUAUGCGGACCAUCGAAAGAGGGUUGACGGAGAAACUUCCACUUUUGGCA